AUGAAUAAUUAAGAAUGUCCUCAUGGUUGUGGUAGAAAAUUUGAAGACAAUUAAAAAUUAGAAGAUCAUAUAAAAAGAAGACAUUUUCUUUAAUAGAAAAUAAAUCCAAGUGUUUAUGAAAACUCAAAUACAAUUGAGAUAUAAAAAAGAUUAAAUGUGUUAAGACCAAAAUUACCAUAAUUAUAAGGAAAUCAUUAGUAAACACAUUAAACAUCUUCAAUGAUAUAAUAAUAAAUAUCAGAAUAAGUUACUUAAUAAUUACCACCAAAACCAAUUUCGAAAUUAUAAUUACAAUUCAAAAAAAAUCCAAAACUUCGUCCAAGUUCAAGUAAUAGAAAAUUAGAUGAUGUAUAAAAAAUUGGUGAUUAAAAAGAUAAAGAUUCAAAUGAUAAUAAAGAAAUAUAAAAGAUGGUAAAGAUAAUCGAACCUUCUCCAGUUAUAUCAGCAAAAGAUUUAGUGGAAGCUAGAAAAUUAAUAACUAAAUAAUUCAUAUGUACUAAUAGUGAUGGUUCUGAUUUAGAAUCAGUUACACAUUUAACUUUAAAUGAUAAAAAUCUCUUGAUUUUUGAAAGUACAACGGAAGUUCCAUUUUAAGAACUAAUGUAAUCCUAUAUUAAUUUGUUAGUGCCUUAAAGAGUCUAUCAUUAUCAUAAAACAAACUCAUAAAUGUUAUAGGAAUCAGUGUGUUACAUAAUAUUGUUGAUUUGAAUAUUAAUAACAAUAAAAUAACUACACUUUAACCAUUGGGAGAAUGUAAAAGAUUACAAAAAUUGUAUGCCAAUUCAAAUCUUAUUAAUACUAUAGAUAUGGGAUUAAUGAUUCACUUAAAGAUCUUUUAAGUUGGUAAUAAUUAAAUUACUGAUUUUGAACAUUUAAUCAAUAGUAUUAAAUUAAUGCCAAGUUUAAAAGAUCUUGUUGUUGAAAGUAAUCCUUGCACUUCAAAAUAUGCUUAUAAAUAUGAUAUAUUAUGGACUGUAUUCUUAGAUAAAUUAGAUAAUUUAAUUAUUACAUAAUAAGAUUAUAAUUUAGCCUAAGCAUUUAAAGAUAGCAAAUAAGAAUCUAAAUUAUCACAAAGUAUGAAUUUUUAAAAAGGAAUCAGACCUUAGACAGCUUCAACUAUACAUAAUAAUAAUACAUUUUUAUAAGAUCCAUAAAUUGAUAAUUCUUAAAACAAUUUAGUUUUAGAAUAAAUCAAUUAAGAAUUAGAAGAAGAAAUUGAAGAAUUAUAUGACAUUAAUUAUAAUCUAAGAGAAAAAAUUGAUAAACUUGAAAAAUAAAAUGUUGAAUAUAGAAUUAUAGCUGAUAGAGUUCCAUUUUUAGAAGAAUAAUUAUAAGAUAUGAGAUCUAAAAUUAGUGCUUAUGAGUCUUUAAUCAUAUUUAAAGAUUCUCCUGAUGUAGAAUUAAGAAAACAUAUUUUUGCUUUAACUUAAGAAUUAGAAAAAUUAAAGAACAAUCAACAUAAUGAUCAUUACGAAGAUGAAAAUCAAAAUAAAUUUAAUAAUAAUCAAUCUAAAUUCUAAAAUACAGAAACUACAUUCAUUUAAUAAUUAUCAUAAGCAGAAAGUGAUUCUGAUAAUAAAAAUGAUGAUGAUGAUGAUGAUGAUAAAUAUUUGUAAUCUUUUUAUUUAUACUUUUAGCCGAGAUGAUGAUAAUAUAUCAUAAAUACCAGGAUAAGAAAUUAUGGAGUUAAUUAUGAGAAAUUCAAUGACAUUGAGCAAGCUUAAAAGUGAAUUUAAAGACAUCAAUUGA